AUGGAUGAUUGUUUAUAUUCGUGUGACAGCGAAGAAAAAGCUAUUAAAUUAGUCCGCGAAAUUACCGAAAUUCAUAGUCAUGGCGGUUUCGAGAUAGGCCGUUGGUCGAGCAAUAGCAAACCGGUUUUAAACACAAUACCGCAGCAGUCGCUCGCGCAGUCUGCUGUUGCUUUUAAACAUGGAGCUAAUAAUACAACUGAGCGCACUCUUGGUUUGAUAUGGUAUCCUAAUGACGAUGCAUUUUCUUUUAAAAUAUCAUUUAAUCGUAUUCCGCAAAAUAUAUCAAAUGGUAUUGAGCCCCCAACAAAGGCUCAAAUGCUUAGUAUUUUGAUGUCCGUAUAUGAUAUUCAUGGAUUUCUAUCUCCUUGUAUAAUUAAAGGGAAAAUAUUGUUUCAAAGCGUGCAUCGUAGUGGUGUCGAAUGGAAAUGCCACAUCCAACCUAAAGAGUUUGCCCAGUUUACUAGCUGGUUACAUGAAUUAAAGAAGUUAGAUACUUUACGUAUCCCUAGAUGUUAUAGUAAUUGUAGCGAGUGGACUCAUUGUUAUAACAAUAUAUCGAAUUAUGUAUCUUGUAAUAAUAAUUUUGUAGAUAUACAACUACAUACUUUUUGUGAUGCCUCGACUAAGGCAUACUCUGCAGUAUCAUAUUGGCGACUGACGCGAUCAGAUGGUUACGUUCAAAUUAGUUUCGUGGGUAGUAAAAGCCGGGUAAGUCCGCUUCGUCCCGUGUCAAUUCCUAGGCUUGAACUGCAAGGAGCGUUGUUAGCCGCUCGUCUUGCGAAUAUCAUUGAUAGCGAUCAUAAAGAUUUCAAACCUACCACACGCUAUUUCUGGACUGAUUCCAGCACUGUUUUACAAUGGAUUCGUAGUGAUCCACGUAAUUACAAACCGUAUGUCGCUCACCGCCUUGGUGAGAUCGAUGAGUUGACGAAAAACUGUGAGUGGCGUUACGUGCCGUCUGAUAUUAACAUAGCCGAUGUAGCUACACAAGAUGAUGCACCACCACUCACGUACUCGAACUCGUGGUUUCAAGGUCCUGCGUUUCUACGCCGACCUGAGAGUGAGUGGCCUAAAGAUCGCAAGUUCUCCAAAACAUCGCAAGAUGUCAUUUGUGAGGAACGAUCAAUUAAUGUGGUCACCUGUAGUUCAGAGUUAUCUUUGCCUAGUGAAGAUAAUAUCUCGAACUGGAUCACAUUAGUGAGAGCCACCGCCCGUGUAUUAUUGUUUAUUAGAAAAUGUCAGCGUAAGAAUAUUCAGCUUGAUGUUUCUUUAAUGAAAGAAGCUGAAAAAUUGUUAACAAAAAAGUGUCAACAAGAUACUUUUUUAACUGAAAUAUCUUGUUUACAACAAGAUAAACCUAUUAUGCGUAAUAGCCGUUUGCUUAAACUUACCCCAUAUCUCGACGAAACAGGCGUGCUGCGUGUCGGUGGCCGCAUCGACCGCGCGGCUGGAGUAGAACCGUCUACUUUGAGACCUGUAAUACUUGAUGGUCGACAUAGAAUCACUCGACUCCUGGUUUACCAUCAUCAUAAAGAGGCAAUGCAUGGAUCUAACGAGCUCGUCGUUAACCAGUUACGACAGCAGUACUGGAUACUUAAAUUAAGACCAACGGUCCGUACUGUGGCUGCCCAAUGCCUCAGCUGUCGAUCACGGCGUGCCUCUCCGCAGCCUCAACGGAUGGCCGAUUUGCCUGCAGCGAGACUGCAAAUUCACAGACGGCCAUUCAGUUUCACAGGCGUCGAUUUUUUUGGACCGAUGGACGUUACUAUCGGUCGCAGGAGGCAGAAGAGAAGUGACCGAAGAUCUAUCCACUGA